GAAGGGAUCGCCUGUCACUUGUCCCCGUCAAUCCCCUCCAUCCAAACUGGCCCCCGUUUGCAAAAGGCUGUGCGCCGGUGUCUUCAGACCCGCUUUGACUCUCUGAACGCAAAGCUUCCCGCAGCAAAGGUCAUGGCAAACGAGCGUAGGCUUGUGUACGAAACGGAAACCCACUAUUAUUGCUGGGACAGGCAAGCUUGGAUUCCCUUCUGCCCAACUUUUGCUGACAGGGACCCCCGCGGGAACUUGAACAGGAACAGGUGAAACUUCCUCGCUGUUUGCCAGGAAAACUGCAGGAAGCGACCUUCACUUUGGUUACCCUUCCUCGGCACCUUAGUUCUCGCUCAGAAGCCUGGCCAAGCUCUGCGACGCCGGCUCGUUUCGAUCCAUACUCUGAACAGUUACGACAACGACGCCCCCAUCCCUUCCACGCGCCGCAGUGGGUGCCCCCUAUGCGUCGUGAGGAUAGUUACAGACCCAAGAGUAGUGGCAGCGAUCGGCGGCCAAGCCGCUCACCUAGUCGCCGCCGCCGAGGAUCCGAUCGAUACCCACCAGGCAGGCACGAAGUCGACAGCUACAGGCCCGUCAACGACCCAGGGCCGAGGUACACCGUAACUCAGGCUGUCCCAAGGUCGUCUAAACGCGACAGGCUGAGAGAAGCUUCGCCUCCUAGGGGCCUUUCGCCAGCUGCUGAACCUGUCGACAAGACCUACGGGCCGCCUUUGGCUCCAGCCCGCCUGCAAGAGGCACCCCGCUCGGUCGCUUUAGCUGUCGGUAAACCUCAGAUAAGCCGCCUGGCCUUGAGCGCCUUCGCAGGCCUCGGCGGCAUCCCGAUUAAGAGACUCUCACCUGUUAAAAUGGAACUUGGAGGCAUCUCCCCGGUCAAACGCGAACGCACUAGCACCCCGAUGUCGCGUACCUCACCCGUCAAAGUCACACGCGAACGCAUCGUCUCCCCUCCUCGCCCCCGGGAGCUCGACCUGCCCGCACGACCUGCCGAACGACCCGCCGGAAGACCUCGCUCGGCGAGUCCCCACAAACGCAUCGACGUGCCGGUUUCCCCCCGUGUCGACCUCAACAAGCGAGCCACGCUCGACGGUGCCCUCCUCGUUGAGGGUUGCACAGACACCUUCGACGACACUCCUAACUCCUCUGGUGACCGGCCAGGGCCCAACAUCACCGUCGAAGCAGGCCUCGCCGUCAUCAGCCAUUUGCGCCUUUCUGCGUACCCGAGAACAGGUGUGGUCCGGGUCCACAGCAUUGAAGCCCUGCGAAGCGGGGGUCCAGUUGCUGCCCUUGAAUUUCUGAGCGGAGUAAAAUCUAUGACAAGAUGCUACGACCCUGAUAAUGUCAGGGUGGCCGUCAGCACGCCCCCCACAAUGAUGAAUGGGGCCUUCAGAUGGCAAAAGGUGGUUGAGGGUGCCUUGGGAGGCGGCGCCAGCUUUCGCACCGGCUCGCAACCUCAAUAUGAGGCGGAGGGCGGCGCCAGUUUCUACUUCGUGCCAGAGAGCAAGAAAGCAUUGAUUGAUUUUUUGGAGGCAUUGCCAACCCGGCGGUUUGGUGUUGAAUGGCCCAAGAAUCCGACGGCGUACUAGGGGAGGAACAUGGAUGGGAUACAUGCCCGACGUAGGAUCUUGGUGUUUCUUUUUCUCGUGAUUCUGGCUUGUUUCUUCUGACGGUACACAAUAAUAUACGGAUUGCACCUUCCACAUAAU